AUGUCUGAAGGAUCUCAUCGUUAUAUUCUCUCUAAUCGUCGUCCGAAUAAUAAAUUGCGAGAGGAUUGCAUUGCUGUUGCUCUUAAAGAAGCACUUAUUGGUCUACGAUUAGUUCAUAAUACUAAAAGGGUUCAUAGGACUUUUAAUCAGGGAGAUAUCUUUGUUCAUAUUGAUGAUAAUGCUACUGACUCUGGUAGAAUCUUGAUCAAAUUAGCAUUUGAGGCAUCGGUUUAUGAUUCCGAAAACAUCAAUACUAACGAAAAUGAACAUGAAGAAGCAAGCUCGUCCGCUCCACUUUUGAAUGUUAAGGGAAUUACCAAAUGGGGUGCUGCACCAGAGGCGUUUGAGAGAGAUAAUGAUACAACUACACCAAAAUCUGAUAUCUGGUUGUCGGGAAUUACGUCAUUGGAAUUAGCGUAUGGGGAUUUACCUGUGAGCAAUCGUGAAGAAUUGGAUUGUAUAAUCAUGAAGUUAAGGGAGAAGAAGAGAUUGCCAAGAUCACUCGAGAAGCUGUUGAAGAAGAAAGGGAUAGUUAAGAAAACGUUGGAUUUGUUUAAACGAAAGGUGUUUUUGAAGGAGUUUGAGAGGAUGGUUCUGAAUUGUCUUUGUGAGGAUCUAGAAAAGAGGCCAACUGUUGAUGAGAUUUUGAAUACUCCAUUCUUUACUAAGCAAAGGGACAUGAAAAAGUUUGAGAAAUUUCUGUUUAAUGGUAAGAAUCCAGGGAAGAGGCCAAUUGAUAAUUGA